ACAUACAUACAGUAGCUAAUUGAAAGUCAGUUAUUUCCUGUGUUGUGUGAAUUUCCUUUAUUGUUUGUUAUUGUUGACUGAUCUAAUUCUUGAGCUUGUAAAACAUGAGACAUCUAUCAAGUGCCACCAUUAAAGUAUUGCCUCCGCCCUUCAACUCCUAGUUAAUAGAGGAGGAGACCAAGGGCUUUCAGCAUACCACAGUAAGGCAUCAAUGUAUCUGUUUUUACAUUGAUUGUAACUUCAAGGGUAGGAAGUCCUUCCUACUGUCCUCCAUUUGUGCUGCCCAUCUGCCUGUAGAGAAAAUCUCAGAAUUGUAAUUGCUUAAAGUUUUACUACUUAACUAUGUUAAAAUCUCAGCACACAAAUUCAGAAAGAAAGAAGCUUAGUUGUAAUGCUAGCCAGUUAAUGUUGAUGUUUGGACUAAGGAGAUCAGUCAAGUUGGAUUUGAUAGUAGCUCAUUUUUGAUCAAGAAGAAGGUUUUCUGACCUUGUUCUGGUUAACACAGAAGGUGAUGUGAUAAGGAGUCUGUAAGGUGGAAUGUGUAUAUACUGGUUGCUAGGCUUGUUCAGCAUUGGAGAUUCUAAUUACAGCUUAAACUUGCAGGUGAUAAUUUAGUGAUAGAAAGCAUCAACAUUCCAGAAAUAGGUUGCUGAUGUAAUUUAAGAAGUGUACAUGUGAUAGGAAGAACCUGAAGUUUCCUAAGAAGAAUGCUGAAUUAAUUUUUCUGGCACCCUAAACACAAUCUAUGGGGCUGUAGACUGAAAACUCCAUUUAAGUUUUGCAAGCCUUUAAUUAACAAAGCUGUCCCUUUCUUCUAAAAAAAACUAAAAAAAUAGAGAAAAUAGGAAUAACAAGUGACUUUUCCAAGGACAGCAAGUCAGUGGCAAGUGCUUAUUCACUCAUGUUGCAUCCUGGUUCAAUAGCUAUUGCUUCUUUCCUUGUUUGCUGUUUUACAGGUCAUUGCUAAAAAUAGACACGCGCUAUCCUCAGCUGAUAGAUCACAAGGCAAAGCAACCAUAGGAAAGCUAGGUGAAAUGAGGAGUAGCUGAAAUACAGCAAAUGGAACAGCCGAUUCCUCAUAAAGGAAUCAGAACUUUAACACUCAAUCUCAGUGAUAACACACUAAGUAGACCUUUAGCAUUAUCUGCUUACUUAAAACUUCUGUGCAGUGUUUGGAAUGAUUCAUAAACUUGAAUGUGUUGUAAGUUAUCUUUCCAGGAUGGCUGGUCCUAGUAACAGUCCUGCAGAAAUGUAUUGUCUUGGUCUUUGUUUACUGGGCAUUAUUUUUAUAGUGAUGGCAACACCAUUAGCAAACACCAUUAGCAGUAGCAUUCUCCUGUUUUCAGCUGCAGUGUUGUUGACACAUGCAAAGACUUACUUUUCUGCUGCAGAAUCACACUCUGAAGAGGAAGCCAUCAGCCAGUCUGACUUAGCAGUGAUUUUGCUUGAUUUUGUUUAGAUCUCCAGCAAGUGAUCCAUAAAUCAACUCAGGAAUAUUCAGCCAUUUGUAUUAGAACAGCUUAAAUUACAAAGAUCAGGUUUCAAAGGCUUGCAAAUGCUGUAUGUAGGGUUUUACUAAUAUUCCAUGAUUCCUGCCAGAAAUUGCAGGACAAAACUAUUUUAAGGAUCAUUUAACACAUUCUUCUCUGUAAAAAUGGGAGAUUAGUUUUUUUGUGUAACUAUGCUGUGAAAUAUUUUUCAUAUAAAGUACACUUACAACUUUUGUCUUUUUGCUAGGAAAUUAUGUGGAGAUGAGCUUCAGAAGCUUGUUACUUUAUCUGAGGGAAGUGAAUGCGUUUGAGGCAGGGAAUGUUCAAAGAAAAGUAGAAACACUGUGAAGUUCAUAGUAGAGAAUCAACAGGUAAUCAAUCUGCCUGCGAGUAGAAUUUAUUAUGAAUUUGUGCUUGAAGUGCUUUUGCAAUGAGUUUUUUUUUAAUAUUACACUUCAGAAUAAAUUUUUAACUAGUUUGACAACGUUAAACAGAGAAGAGACAUCAGCAGGAGAUUCUUGUGUUCAUAAGAGAUCUGUCUGUGCUUACAGGCUUUCAACUAAUCUGAAUCUUUACUCCAUACCUUUAAUGAUAACUGUUUUUAUACUGUUAUAACUUAAUAUUUUUUUAUUUGGCUCAAAGAAAAUCCAGUUUUCCCUUCCAGUUGAAAUGGGAAUUGCAUAUUAAUGACUAAAUAACAGAAUUUUUUUAGCUGCUCAUAUCACUUCAUUACUGCAAUUCUUCUUUUAAAUUCAUGUUAUCAAAUAUACUGUCUUGAGAGGGAAUAACGAACUUUUACUACAACGUCUCAUCUACAGGUGCUAAGGAAGUGUGACUAAUUCAGAAGCAUCAGCCACAAUUAAGUGGUAUGUCCCACAACAGUGUCUCCAGUACAUGCCUUGGCAGCAGCAACUGUGCAGAAUGUGUCAUGCAUUUCAUACAGUUGUUGGGAAGUCUGACCUGUCUAGCUCAGUGGAUAAGUUGGUCUUGUGGGAAGAAAAAAAAAACCCUAUAAUAAUAACAGGGAUUAAUUCAAUUAAAUAUAGUCAAGUGCUAAAUUACCAUUUAUAGCCACAGUAUCAUUAUGCAUUUUAGAAAAUACUGACUGUCAUUUCCAAAAGCAUCCAAGUCGAACAGUCAGUUCUUCCAUCACUGCUCUAAGAGCAUUGAGUGGCCCUGCACAGGUAACCUAUGUGUAAACUGUAGGUACAGACAUCCAGAAACAGCUUUUCAGCCUAUUCCUACAGAUGUUGACAUAUCCAUCAGUGCAUCAGUAAAAUCAUUCAUGCUGUGUUUCAGAACUUACCUAUACUACAGAAUGUCAAUUCUCUCAUUGUCCUAUCAAUUGAAAUGCAGAUCAAAGAAGUUUGCAGUAGUUUAUUUCAGUGUAUGGCUUAUGCCAAACUAAUGAGAGUCCUGUUCUUUAGUUACUCAUCCCUGGGUUUCUGCUACAGUAGCUGCGUUGUGUUACAGGAUGUUUGAGUGAGAAAUUUCCGGAAUUGGAAAACGGGGAAAUAAUGAAAAAUACAUCUUGUAUAUUCAAAUUAGCUCUUUCCUGAGUGCUUCCUCUGUAAGACUUGAAGUUCGUUCUUUAUUUUAGCUGACCAUUCAUCUCUUAAGUUUAUCCAUCCAAGAGGCAGAAAGUCACUUCUGUUACUACUCCUCUUUUGUUAUGGGUUUGUGUAAUACCUGUUUAGAAACUCCAUAAAACAGCACAUACAAGGAAACAUGGAACUUGAAAUAGAGGAAGGAGUAACGCAUAAAAGCAGAGGUGAUAACUUAAUAUUGUAAUAGUUGUUAAGAUCUAUUUUUUUUUUCCAGCUUUGCUUGGGAAACUAAAGGUAAACAUAGUAAUUCACAUUCAGUAAACCACAAAUUGCUGUCAAUUCUUUUGGUAAUGAAUUACACCACUGCAGCAUUUAAGUGUAUUAGUCUGAAUAGAUACGUUUUUCUGUGGCAAUCCUGUGUUUUGAUCUACUGUGGUUCUUCACAGUAGCAGUAUUUUGUGCAUGCUAUCACCUCUGAGCACCCCGCUGUAGCUUGAAUUAAAACAUCUGCAGAGUAAAACAACUGUUACUGAGAAGCAAAGAGUGCAUUUUAGAAUUGAAAAGCAAAACUGCUAGGCCUAUUUCUCAAGAGUUCUUUGGCGAGUCACUCCUUUCCAAAACAGAAGCACUCACUCCCUCUAUAGGCACAACGAGGAAGAGCAGAUGAAGCUUCUAUUCAGCGCAUUUCACCUGCGUCAUGUAGCGCAGGUGAACUCUUAAAUGAACGAAAGCUACAUCGACCCAGAGAAAGCGCUGCCCGCUGUCCCCCAGGGCUCCUCAGAACCUCGUGCUGCCAACGUCAGCAGACCGACGAGGAAGCGGCCAUAGGGCGCCCCUGCCCUCACUUAAGAUGGCGGCGGCAGCGCCGGGUCACGUGGUGGGGGCAGGAUCCCCCUCCUCUCGGUGGCGGCGCGGCGGCGGGAUGGAGCUGGCUGCACUGGAGCGCUUUCUCAGCCCGGGCAAGGGCAGCGGACUCCGCUCCCGCCGGCGGGUGCGGCCCGGAGAGCUGCUUUACCGAGCCGAACCCUUCGCCUACGUGGUGACCAAGGAGCAGCUGGGCGGCGUGUGCGAGCAAUGCUUCCAGAGGAAUGAACAUCUGCACAGAUGCUCUCAAUGCAAGGUUGCUAAAUACUGUGGUAAAUCAUGUCAGAAAGAAGCUUGGCUGGACCACAAGCGGGAGUGCAAGUGCCUUCAGAAUGUCAAGCCUAAUUUUCCUCCAGAUUCUGUCAGACUUGCUGGCAGGAUUGUUUUUAAGCUACUUAGGCAAUCAGCAUGCCUUUCUGAGAGACUCUACUCUUUUUCUGAUCUUCAGUCAAAUGCUGAACAACUAAGUGAAGAAAUGAAAGAGGGCCUCAGGCACCUUGCACAUACCUUGCAACUUUAUCUGAGAGCAGAGAUCCAGGAUGCAUCUCACUUGCCACCUGCAAUUGACUUUUUUCAGAUCUUCACAAAAGUGACCUGUAACUGUUUCACCAUCAGUAAUGGAGAGAUGCAGGAUGUUGGUGUUGGCCUAUAUCCCAGCAUGUCUUUGCUGAAUCACAGCUGUGACCCAAACUGUGUGAUUGUUUUUGAAGGAUACCAGCUUUUACUUCGCUCCGUCCGAGAGAUCCAGAUUGGCGAAGAGCUCACCGUCAGCUAUAUUGAAUCACUGAUGCCCACCAGUGAACGACAGAAGCAGCUGAAGCGCCAGUAUUGCUUUGAAUGUGACUGUUGUCUCUGCCAGGAUCAAGAAAAGGAUGCUAAGAAAUUGGCAGGUGAAGAGCCUGCCUGGAAGGAAGUCAAAGAUGCUGUAAACGAGGUGAAAUAUCCAAAAUCAAAAGAAGAGUGGGAGAAGGUUUUGGCAAAAUGCCAGCAUCUCCUGAGCAGCCAUGAGAGUCGUCUUCCAGAUACAAAUAUCUAUCAGCUGAAACUGCUGGACUGUGCCAUGGAUGCCUGUAUUAACCUUGAAGCCUGGGAACAAGCUUUGUGUUAUGGCAGCAGGACACUUGGACCGUACAGGCUGUAUUAUCCUGAUUUCCAUCCACUGAGGGCUGUGCAGCUGAUGCGAGUGGGCAAACUGCAGUACAGUCAAGGCAUGUUACCUCAGGCACUGGAGACCUUGAAACAGGCCUAUGAUAUUAUGAAAGUGACCCAUGGGACAGAUCACAGCCUGAUGCAAGCCUUGAUGGACUUAAAGGAACAGUGUGAGGCCAUCAUGAAAGUACACUGAAUAAAACCCCAAUCUGGAAAACAAGACAUUCAAGGAGAAAGAAUACGGAAUUCUUCUUGUUACAUUAGGAAACUUCCCAGUGGUUUUGGUAUAUUUUCAUCAGGUCCUACUUUCUUUACAAAAAUAUUUAGUGUUUAUUAGUUUUUCUCUAUUAUCUUCUGGAUUGAGUUAAGGUUUGGAGGAAUAUGUGAUGUUUUCAGAAAGUCUUUAACUUCUACAAGUCAAAAUGGUAGUGAGUAAGUCUUAAUAUUUGCUUUUAAGACAUGCUGAUAAAACCACAAACUUAAACAUAAAGCAAGGAUAAAUUUAAUUUGUUUCUAUUUAAUAACCAGAACCUCAAAUCCAAACACCAGUGAAGGUAGUAAGAAUUGAGAAUCAAAUCAGAAUCUCAGUGAUAUAGGACACAACUUCCUGCUGAGCUUCUCACACAUGCUUUCUAGGUAUUGAUUUCUGUAUGAUUUCUGUUAUCUCUGAAUGAUCACAAAGUCAAACCGUACAUCUUAUGCUUGUUGACUAGAACACAGCUGUAUGUUUUUUUCUACCAGACACCUAAUUUAGAUGGUAACACUUGAUUAUCCAUUUACAACACAUGAUUUAAUUGAUAAUAAAUACUGAGAAACACAUCCCAUCCUCAUUUGCAACAAAAUGAUAUAAUUUCAUUGAGAUGACUAGUCAAUUGUUUGUGCUGGUGUAUGCCAGCACUUCAAGAUAUAGUCAUAAAAAUAAGUAGAGAGAUCAUAUUUUUCCCUUUGACUUCCCGUUAGAUGUGGCUUCCAAAAGCCAGAUCCACUGCUCUUUAAAAGAUUCCCAAUAUUCUAAAUUGCAUCUUGAAUUUUUAGAGGUGAAUUUAUAUAUGCAGUAUGUGUCUGCAUUCAAUAUACAAUGAGGAUGACUUGGUUUCUAGGGUGACUAGGUUGUGAAAGCAUCCUUGUGUCACUGUGAAGUUCUUUUAGGGCUGAAGCCAAACCUUCUGCUAGUGCACAGAAGUGCUGCUUGCCUCUGAACCUCCAUAAUCUACACAGUCAAAUACCUAAAGAGAAGUGUGGCAUCACAUUUGCAUCUCCAUCGCAGACAGUUGCACUGAGCAGGUGCUCAGGAAGCUCAUGGUGUGGUUUGUAGACCUUUCUGAGCCUUCAGAGUUUGGUUUUACUGUGCCCACUUUCCCCAAAUUGUACUUCAAAUUCGAGAGUAUAGGCACUGUAGUACACACUAAGUAGGAUUUUCUUCUCAAGCAGGGAAGUGCUCACCCUAAUUGCUGCUGAAGACUGGGGCUCAAGCAUGUGAGCAGUCCAGCAUACCAAACCAGGCUCGGAUCAACCUGAUCUAGCUGUGGAUGUCCCUGUUUAUUGCAGAGGAGUUGGAUUAGAUGACUUUUAACGGUCCCUUUCAACUCUAAGGAUUCUAUAAUUCUAUGGCACUGGUUAACUGUACUUCUAAGAAAAUUCACUUCCAUGUUUCUAUCAGGCCAACUAUAUGUCUUUUUCCCUCUUUUCCACAUCUCCUUUCUUCUCCCUCUCACCAAGCAGACAUGACUUUGUGUUGAAGCUGUAAGACCUACAGAGAUCCGUUGAACCAGGAUAUCAGCCCUGGGGAAGAGGAGCAUUUCUUGGAAAGCAUAUGUGCUCCAUUUGCCCACACUCAUCUACAGGGGAGUUGCUGUUACCAGAGCUGCUGACUUCCACUUUUAACACAGAAACAAAUGUUAACAAAAGCCAAAUAUUUAUGAGGAACAUUGAAACCUAGAUAAUUUAAGGCCCCUGAAAAUAUCGCUCCAGGUGUGUCUCUCCUCUCAACAAUUUAUUGCUGCUACUCCAGCCAUGACUGUUAUUUCAUUAAUCUGUAGUUGUUAUAAAGUCAGGCUUUCUUCACACCAGUCACUUGACACCAUUAAUUAUUAUGAGACGGGAACACAUUUAAAAAGAAAAUGAACACUCUGGGCAUAAUUUACAGCCCCAGCACAAGAAUGCCAACACUGAGGAAGAUAUCUCUUUUCAAGGCAUUUGAAUUUGUUCCAGUGUAUGGAGUGUUCACUUGCCCGGUAGUAAUAUGCAAGCAAUAACCUAUGAAAUGCAGUGCACUUCUGGAGUAUGUAGCAUGGCUUGAGGCCAGAGGCCAAGUCGUAUCAGCCACUCAAGAAGUGCAAUAAUCCUGACAGAAAUUCACUGCUUGGUUGGGUCUUCUUGCUAUUAUGAAAAGGAAAUUGUCUGGGAGAGAGGUCAGACCUUUGCAUUUAUUGGGAUUUCUGACAAAGCCAUGGCAUCACUGAUGGACAAUGAGGAAAUGUGAGAGGUGCUCAGUCUUUUAGAGCUAUUUUCUGGUUUUAAAAGGACACAUUAUAUUUGAAAUGUAUGUCUUAGUGUAAAGAUGAUACCUGCGUUAUCUUAUAAUUCUAUAUCUACUACUAAGACUUGUAAAUGAAAAGAACUUCAGUGUGUGAGCUAAGAUGGUGCAUUGAUUUAUACAGCAGGAGAUACCCACCAGCUCUUAUGGAUGCAGACACAUCUGCAGCACUGCCUUUUGGUACAGGACACCACAAUGGUGCAAGCACAGCAGCAGGAAAAGACAGGUACUAGGAGAGGGUCAGAUUUACCUGGCAUCGGAUGAGAAAAGCUACAGAGCAUCCUGAAGGUAUGUGUACUACCAUGAGUAGAGCUGUAGGGGACAUAUGCCCAGUCAUAGAAUCAUAGAAUGGCCUGAGUUGAAAAGGACCACAAUGAUCAUCUGUUUUCAACCCCCUGCUAU